UUUUGCUCUCUGCGCAUGCUCAAGACGGAACCUCUGUCUCUACUCACCUGCACUCCUGCCGAAAGAGUUUAUUUCUUUAUUUUAUUACCGGUAAUGAUGUCUAGUUAAUGAAUAUCACAGAUGGGGUGAAUAAAGGGUCCAAUAAUAACGCUCUCGUAUGUAAAAGGGGCAAAAUUAUGAUGCCGCGUUUGUAGUUCUUUGAAAUCAAAAGUGAAAGUGUUGUGGCGCAUUCUUCUAUUUCAUUUUCACCCAAAUAACGCAGAUGUUUUGCUCCUUGACGAUGAUUGAAGUAUUAUUUUUUGGAUUGUUUUUGACGUUCGUUAAUGCUGAUGGGGUUGCUGAUGUAGUUCUUUCCUGCUCUCUGGUCGAGGAGGGAGCCGGACUGGGUGGAAUGGGAGGUGGCGCUCUCUUUACCCGAACCCCAGCCACUCUGGUCCUUCGAGAUAUCCCAGUGGGGCCCGAUGAAUCACUCGACACGCUCACUCCAUUUGUCCCACCCUCAGUCCCUGAUCCGGACCUCAUCUUGUUUGAAAACAAAGUGUCAUCGCCUGAGAUCCCCAACGCAGGCAUGUUGCUCCAUGCAGACUGCAAUGAACAGGAGGUGAUGUGUGAAAUAAGUCGUUACACUCCUAGAGGACUUGAGGAAGGUUCUGAUCCAGCAUAUUUCAUGGUUUCUCUCAGCGUGGUGGGAUUUGACUUCAGUACGUCGCUCAUUCUACAAACAUUACCAGUUGACAAAGAUCAGCAAACCUUGGUACAAAACAAGCUCAGUUUACCUCUCAGCCAGUCAGGAACUCUGCUGACUAAAGUAAUAUUCCUGGUAUUCUCCAACAUAAAUUCUGUAUCUGCUCCUCUGAGGGGAGAUGUUCUCCUCAACUGCGGCUUCAAGCAAGAGGAAAUACCUUUAGCACCAGAAGUGGGCCUUGAAUGGCGUCUACAGCACAGAGGAAAAGGCCGGAAAGUGCUUGAAAUUAAGACAAAACUAGAUGACACAGAAGGGGCGACUGUAGUUCAUGGUGAGAGGAAAGGCUCCAGCGUGGAUGGUGCUCAAGUCCUCAGUGAGGGGAAUGUGUCCAUGAGUGUGACUGAGCUGAAGGUUGUAGAUGAAGGAACCUACAUCUGUACAGUCAAUCUGGGUCAUUUCCACGCCCAGCAGAUCAUCCAGCUCCAUAUCAUUCAACCACCACAGGUCUCUCUGUCGGAGGAGAAGCUGUUUCUGAGUAAAAGUUCUCCACAGACAUUGAGCUGUCAUUGUGCUAAAUACUAUCCAUUAGAGGCACAGAUGGAGUGGUUUUUCCUUCCUCCAACUGAAACGGAGCCAAAACUCUUUCCAAAUCAGGGCUCUCUGAGCAGUCAUCGGCAGCAUGGGGACAGGACGUUUUCUCUGUCCUCUCAUAUAACUGUCCCCCCAAGUUUUUCUCCAGGAACCAAGAUCACCUGCAGGGUAUCCCACCCAGCACUGGAUGAGCCUCUCUAUGUCAGUAUAGUAGUCGAAAGUCCCCAAUCAGAUUCCUACUGGUGGGUUCUCGGUUUCCUCGUCGUCACUGUUCUUUUCUUCUAUCAGGUCAUGAAAUAAGUGACUCUCACAUCAUCUUGACCUCAAACUGAGCCUUGAAUGAUUUUUUUUUUUCUGUAAAUGUAAACAUUUUGAGGUCUUAUUCUUAAAGCCUGCUGAAUUUAAAACAUUUUAUAUGUGGGAAACGGUAAUGCAUAAUGAUUUUCACAAAUUUGCUGUGUGGUUUUGAUUGUUUUCUUGAUAAUGCACUAAGAAAGUUUGUCUGUUGUAUUUCUGUAAUAUGCUGACAGUCUUAGCAAGAAAAAUAUAUUUUCUCAGAGAUGAGCCGCUUCAUUAUCUCGAUCUGAACUCCUUUUCACAGUUGAGGUAUUCCUCUUCAACUAGAAAAGAUCAAUCUCAGUCACAAAUAUAUUUUUCUAAUAGGAGUGAAUAAUAAACCUUUCACUUCUUUCUUGAGGUUAACCUGAAACUUCAUAGUUCAUAGUUGUAUAACAAGAACAAUUUAUACAACUAUGAUUAAGUCUCUCUAAAAUGAAUUACUAUUUAAUACUGUUUGUAGAAACUUGAAUGUGUAACAUUUAAGAUCCCGUAUGUGUUCUUUGAGGGUUUCUUUUGGUUUUGUUGUGGGACUGCUUUAUAAAUUAUCCAUUCUUCUGGCAAAUAUAGAUAUAAAACCAUUUUCAUUAAACCAAGAGGUUUAUUUUUCUGAUUGGAAAACGACAGUGUGCAAGUGGCUUCAUUUUUGAUCAGAUGUUUACAUUUGUAUUUAUUUCGAUUUAACAACAAAACAGCAAACCCUUCUUAAUAUUUGGUGGAAAAGCCUGUGUUGUACAGCAAUCAAUGUCUUCUGAUAUAUUCUGAGCAGCUUUUGUUUUCACUGGUAUUUUGACGAUGAUGAGCUCCUAGUCUUUGAGGUUGGAAGGCCUCCUUUCCGUCACCCUAAUCUUUAGUUCCCUUAAUAGAUUAUUAUUAUUAUCAGAUUCUAGUUGGGGCUCAGCCUGGGCUGCUCCAAAACAUUGAUCUUUCUUCCAGUCAGAAGAAAUAUGUUGGUAAACACUGAAAGAUUACCAUGAAUCAAAAUCUGGCAGAAGUAUGAAUAAUUUUACUCUUAACUGUAUGUGACUGUGGAUCUGUAGCUUUAUUUAAAGCCUCACAGUCAUAUUUUGCUACACAAACUCAGACAGGAAAAUAUAUAAUUUAUUAUGAGUACAAAAACUUCAGUAAUACUGUGUGAUGCAGCAUUAUUUGAAUUUCAAAGGAGGAUCCUGUGGGAACAAAAUACGUUAAAUAAUUAUAGAGAUGCGGUAUAAACUGAGGAAAUGUAGGAAUUUUACAAUUAUAGUUUGCACUUGAGGAGGUCCACUAUGAUGGUGUGGUUUUAAAUGCUGCAAUUGUUCAGUGUUUUUCUCUCUUUCCUAGUCUUGUUGUUUGUCCUACAUGGUCUUCUCUUUUUCCUUUUUUUUUUUUAAUAAAGCUUUUUUAUGACUCAA